AUGUCGCUCCUUCCCGCGCUGUGUUAUCAGUCACACUCACAUCCCCUUCGUUCCCAUCCAUCGCCCGUGUGUCCCGCUGUGCCCCGCCGUGCCUUGCCUGCCGCGUCUCUGCGAAGCUCCAACCCAUUGAUUGCUCCAGAUCGCUCCUCUCCGCUUCUUCAAUGCACGUCUUCCCUCGCUGCCCUUCGCCUGACUCCACCUCCUACCUUCCCUGCUCUCUGUCCCGCUCCCCGCUCCACUCGCCCCCACCUCGUCUCAAUCUCCUCUCCAACCGUUUUUCCGCCCCCGUCCCCGACUCAUGCCACCCUGCCAUCAGGCCCUGCACCUGCCACUCUCCUGACUCUCCCAAUCCCUCCCCUCUCCGCCUCUCUCCCCUCUCUCCCCCCUCUCCCACUCUCUCCCCACUCUCCCACUCCCUCCCCUCUCUCCUUGCUCUCCCCUCUCUCCGUUCUCUCCCAUCUCCCCUCUCUCCCGUUUUUCCCUCCUCUCCCCUCUCCUCCUUCUCUCCCCUCCCUCCCGCAUCCAACCCCUGUCCCCGCCCUUCAGCCACCCACUGCAGCAGCUGCCCCCUCCCUCACACCCGCCGCCCUGAGAACGCCCCUCGGUGCUGGGAGGUGCGACGCGGGUGGUGACGCCAUGCCUGACGUCAGCAGCAUGUGUGACGUCAGCCUGCUGCAUUGGCGGUGGAGGAGGGAGGGAGAGCGAGUGAGGGAUGUGUGGAGGGGAGGGAGAAGAAGGGGAGAGAGAGUGGUCACGAGGGAAGGAGAGAGAGAAAGUGGUGGUGCUGACAUUGAUAGUUUUGGUGAUGAUGGGAGCAGCGGUGACAGUGAUGAUUGCAGUGCGAGUGAUGGUGAUAGCGAUAGUGGCGAUCGUGCUGGCAGUGAUGGUGGUGCUGGCGGUGGCAGUGACUGGGCGGGUGUGUUGACUGCUGGGAAGCUCUUGAACCCAACCCAAGUCAUCACCCGCAUCGCCCCUCUGCUCUCUCGCUCCCCCUCCUUUCCACUCCCACCCACCGCAGCAGCAGCAGCAGCAGCAGCAGCAGCAACAGCUGCCACUUACCCAGCAGGAACAGCAGGCACACCCAUGCCAGCAGGCACAGCAGCGGCAACAGCAGCUGGCGCUGUUGACUCCAUCGACUCCCUUGAAGCCCGCUGUCUCGCGCUGCGCCUGAUUGGCUGCCUUGCUCCGCUGGCUGCUGACGUGGCACACGUGCAGGAGUUGGUGGUGCGGGCGGCGAUGGAAGCAGAGGGACAGCAGGAGGUGAGCGAGGGGAGCAGGGGGAGGGGGAGAAAGAGGGGAAUAAGGGGGAGUAGGAGCUCCAUCACUCUCUCUCUCUUCACAGCUCGCGUCGUGUCCUCUGCCGUGUCUUCCCACCCCAAGCCCCACGCAGCUCUCUUUGCUGCCACACUCUUUCAUCAGCGCCACGCAGCUCUCUUCGCGCUCACCUUCCUCUGCGACGUCUCUCCACCCUUCGCCCUCCACACUCUCCCCCUCCUCCUCUCCCUCGCUCUCCCCGCCUCCCCACCGCCACCCCUGCCCCUCUCCCUCACAUGCCAUCUGCACCGCUCCUCACACCCACGUCUCCCGCAGCAAACCAAGCAGCCUGGAGUGAGAGGAAACGCAGACAGGAGUCAAGCAGAGGCGGACGAGCAUGUGGCGGGGAGGCGGCAGCAGCAACCACCUGAUGACUCGCCAGCUGCCCUUGCACCGUUGCACCCAUACUCGUUCGCCCACUCCCUGUCUCCACCACACACACUCCUACCACUGGCCAUGCACACGCCCCUUGUAUCAUCCUCCUCCCACAUGCCACGUGUCAGCAGCCCAUUGGCCCGGUGGAAAGGGGGUGACGAGGGGGAGGAGGGGGUGCGCGUGCGAGUGGCAGCAGUGGUGGUGAAAUGCCUGGCGGGGCACGAGGAGAGGGCUGUGAGGCGCGUGGCAUGGCAGACAAGAGGACAUGAAGACAUGAACCCAAAACAUGAGGAGAGGGCUGUGAAGCGCGCGGAGAACAGAGAUGGGAGGGGGAGAAGGGGGGUGGAUGGGAGGGGGUGA